UUAUACUGUGAUUAGCAGAGUGGCAUUUACAUUCAUCAUGAGUCUCGGCUGGGCAGAGGGUUGGUUGUAUACUGGCAUUCCGCGAAUGUUUACCGCAGCAGGUUUGCCUCGGGUCACCUUUAUUAUGACUGUGGAGGACCUGAGGGCGGGAGCGCGCAAUCAUCGCGGGCUGUGAUAUUUCUCAGGGACGGAGCUGCUAAGACUCGACUGCGGCGGCGAGCACACGUUUGCUCUUACGCAAAGCCUCCAAGACUCACAGUUUUUUUUGGCUUUGCUUACCUCUGGAACCUCGGGUCGAUAAGCUCCGCAUGAUUUAAGCAUCACUGCUCCAAUAAUGCAACCCAGAACAACUUUUGCUCGCAUCUUCAGACAGUUGCUUGCUGCGUAGCGAGAAUCCAUUCAUAUUCCGUUUGUUUGAACGACGGAUGCCCAUCAUGGUAAUUGCUGUUGGAUUUAUACCGGUUUGCUGUGAUGUUGGAUUAAGCAGAGGAGGCAACGCGUUUUAAAGUGUUUUGCGAUAUGGAGUCGGAUCGAUAAUGAUUUUAGUUGGGCUGUAAUACUGCUCGGACUAAAGGUAAAAAGUGUCCGUUUGAGUGGAUCCUGAGAGACUGAAUAUCUGUGCAUUGACCGCAGGGAUAAAACGCGAGUGGAAUCAAAAGCGCGCGGCUGAUAUGGGUUCUCUUGCGUGUGACAUGAGAUUAGCAGGCCUCCUCCUGCUUCAAGCCUCCUCCCUCCUGCUGUUCAGUUCUGGGGAACGAAUGUGCCCCUAUAGCUGUCAUUGUGAGGGAAAGAUUGUCCACUGUGAGUCGUCUGCCUUCCAGGACGUCCCAGAAAAUAUUUCAGUUAGUUGCCAAGGUCUGUCUCUGCGCUACAAUGACCUGCACACAAUGCUCCCUUACCAGUUUGCCCAUCUCAACCAGUUGCUUUGGCUUUACCUGGACCACAAUCAAAUCAUGUUCGUUGAUAGUCGUGCUUUCCAGGGGGUGCGGCGAUUGAAGGAGUUGAUCUUGAGCUCGAACAGGAUUUCACAGCUCCACAAUGUCACAUUCCAUGGAGUACCUAACCUUCGUAGUCUCGAUCUGUCCUAUAACAAGUUGCAGGAGUUGCAGCCUGGCCAGUUUUAUGGUCUUCGAAAACUGCAAAAUCUGCACUUGCGUUCAAAUGGGCUUACGGCAAUCCCUGUCCGUGCGUUUUUGGAGUGCCGAAGCUUGGAGUUUCUAGACUUGGGCUAUAAUCGGCUUCGGGUUCUAACUCGCACAGCAUUCCUAGGUUUGUCUCGACUUAUGGAACUCCACCUGGAACACAAUCAGUUUUCACGAAUCAACUUCUUUCUCUUUCCACGCCUUGCCAACCUUCGAGCCCUUUACCUACAGUGGAACCGUAUUCGAGCUGUCAACCAAGGCCUUCCGUGGAGCUGGUAUACCCUGCAGAGGCUUGACAUCUCUGGCAAUGAGAUACAGGUACUAGAUCCUGUAGUCUUUCAAUGCCUUCCCAAUCUUCAGGUUCUCAACUUGGAGUCUAACAAACUCGCCAAUGUCUCUCAGGAAGUUGUGGCUGCCUGGAUCUCACUAACAACUAUUAGCCUUGCAGGCAAUAUGUGGGAUUGUGGUCCGGGUAUUUGUCCUCUUGUUGUCUGGCUCAAGAAUUUCAGAGGCACCAAGGACACUAAUAUAAUCUGCAGCAGUCCCAAACACCUUCAAGGGGAAAAAGUCAUUGAGGCUUCAAAGAACUACAUUGACUGUGAUGAUUAUGAAAUUACCGCUCAAUCUCCUUUGUAUCUGCAGACGUUUGAUCCAAAUUAUGACCUUGCUCUUGAACCAACUGAACCAACAAUGGCUCCUACCACACCGCCACCACCCCUGCCAUCCCCCGCCUCAGAGGCACCUUUUCCUCCUCCCCAGCCUCGCCCACCUCAUCGCCCCACCUUUCCCAGUCGUACAAACACAGAUCCCAGAGACUCUCAUCAACGGACACCUUCAUCUUUUGACAGCUCAUUAGUGACACCAGUUCCUGAGCAAGACAACGUGUCAUUUCACAAAGUGGUUAUGGGUGGUGUGGCACUAUUCUUCUCAGUGUCCCUUGUUUUGUCAGUAAUAUAUGUCUCCUGCAAACGUUACCCUGGCGCCACUCGGCUGUUGCAGCAGAGUUCAGUGGGCCGAAAGCGAAGGAAAAAAAGUCAGGAGCCAGAGCAGAACCUGAGCUCCCAGCUCCAGGAAUAUUACAUGAGCUACAACCCCGCCGCCACACCAGAAGCCUUGGAGGUGCUGGGAAAUGGAACAGGUACCUGCACCUGCACCAUAUCCGGCUCCCGGGAAUGUGAGAAUGAAUACUCGUGUCCCAGGCCAUUACCUGGAGCUUGGAUUGGAGACAUCCCCACCAUACACUAAAGGGAAUGUUUUUUUGUCCCGCUAAAUAAUCCACCGGCGGAGGAUUUGUGCCUACCUGCAUUUCAUCAGUGACAUCAAGCUUUGUUCUCAUUAUAGCACUCACGCCAUCUGCUUCUUUGAUGGAUUGCGGUGGAUAUUCCUCGAAAUCUGCAAACAAACAUCUGAGAGACAAACAGGACGGAUGCCUCAGAUGUGUAUUUUACUAAAACACAAUUGGAUGCCUCACUUAUGCUCCUGAAUACACAUGUCAGGUGGGUGUAGUUGAUUCGGGACGGCUCCAAUGGAAGAUACCAAUGAAAGUUAUCCAGCCUUUGAAGAAGUGUGUGUGGACCUACACGUGAACAAUGAACUUUGUUAAUAUUCCCUCUGAUUUAAAACAGAACUUACCCUUUCC